AUGGGAUGGGGAGCAGGGAUUGGAACAGGGGUGGUGAACGGGGUGGAAGCUGUGCCAGGGCUGGGUCUGGCUCUAGGGAACGCGGCUGGAGCUGUGCCCGGCGCUGCUCGGGGCCGGUGUUUAGGACCCGGCGGGACGAGGCGGUGCUGGUGCCGGUCCCGCCCCGGCCCCAUUGUCUGGGCGCGGAGGCGGAGGGACGACCGGCGGUGGCUGCUCGUACGGACACGCCGCGGAGCCCUCCCGGCCAUGGCUCCCGCACCGGGCCCCGGAGCGGCCCCGGGGACCCGGCUGGCGCUGCUGGUCGCCGCCCUGAUCUGCGCCUCAGCGAGGGGUGAGGGGGACCCCCCAGACCCUGUGUACCUACCGGUGGACCUGGAGGUGCUCGGUGUGCCCGAGUCCUACCGGCUGCAGCGGGCAGACCAGGACGUGCCCACCAACAGCUCCCUGCACGCCCGCACUGACACCUACCUGCUGCUGGCACACAGCUCAGCCACCCAGCCCCUGCUCCAGGCCACCUACCCACCCUUCAGCACCCGGCAGGAGGUACCCACGGAGAGCCCAGCAGGGAGGGAGGGUUGGGCCAUCCGUGCUGUGUCACUUGAGAGCUCCGUGUCCCCCGCCGAGCCCUUCGCGAGGGUCCUCUUCCACCUCCAGGGUCCUGACUGGAUGCCAGGGCACCGGGACCACCUUGGGCAGCAGCACCAGCCUGGGGAGCAGAACCACCCUGGGGAGUGGGACCACCACCCUGGGGAGCAGAACCACCCUAGAGAGUGGGACCACCACCCUGGGGGGCAGAACCACCCCAGGGAGUGGGACCAGCACCCCGGGGAGCAGAACCACCCUAGGGAGUGGGACCACCCUGGGCAAUGGGACCACCCCAGGGAGCAGAACCACCCCAGGGAGUGGGACCACCCUGGGCAAUGGGACUCCCCUGGGGAGCAGCACCACCCUGGGGAGCAGGCCCAGCCCAGACAACGAAACCACCCCGGGGAGUGGGACCACCCUGGUGAACGGGACCACCGGGAGCACUCCAUGGAGCGAGACCACCCCAGGGAGCGGCACCUGCCCUGCGUCACCCUCCAUGCCCACCACCGUGGCCGGGUGGCCCGUGGGACGUGCCGCUUGCAGGCACCCUUGGGCGUCUGCGUGGUGGAACUGGAGAUCCCUCCACGCUGGUUCUCCCCCCCACCCCCCACCCCCCGCAGCCGCCGGCGGGCAGCCGAGCCCCCCGAGCCAGCUGAGCUGCGCUACGGCCUGCUGGCACCGGGGGACUGCGGCCGUGCCAGGAGCCCCGGGGAGGCCCCACGGUACCUGGGGACGUUGGAGCUGCGGGCGGCCGAGCCGGGGCGGCGCCAGGAGGUCCGCUUGGACGACAAGGUCCUGCUGAGGGUCCCCGAUGCCACCCUGCGCCCUGGGCAGCGCUUCACCGCCACCCUCACCCUGCGGCACAACUUCACCGCCCAGCAGCUGACCCUACGGAUCAAGGCCAAGAAGGGGCUGCAGGUGGUGGCUGCCCGUGCGGGGGACAGUGGCGCUUGGAGCACCCAGCUGGAGCAUACCCGAGGUGCCAAGCACUCGAUGGCCGUGGUGACGUGCCAGCGGAGAGGGGACACCCUGACCCCCAUCGGGUGACCCAGGGCGAGCGACUCGGCUGCAUUCCUGCUGCUGGACGUGGUGGUGGAGAACGGCACAGGGGGACUGGCACCGGUCCGGCCCCUGACCUGGCAGGUGGAGUACCCUGGGCAGGACCCCGAGGCCCAGAAGGACAAACUGGUUUGGGAGGUCCAAGUGUCCGAGAGGGACGUCCGAGCCCUCGUCCCCUUGGUGCAGGACCUGGAGCUGCUGAACACAGCGCCCCUGACCGGGGUCCCUCGUUCCAUCCCGGUCCGACUGGUGAUGGUGGCAGCUGGCGGAGGCAUCACCGAGCUGCCGGACCCCCCUCGCUGCGAGUCAGCCGACAAGCAGGUCCUGCAGGUCUCGGACUCCUGUGACAGUGUCUUCGUGGGGGGCAAGGAGAGCCGGGGGGCCCGGGGGGCCCGGGUGGAUUUCUGGUGGCGGCGGCUCCACGCCUCGCUCAGCUUCAGCGUCUGGGCACCGCUGCUGCCGCUGCGAGUCCAGCUGGGGGACACCGUCCUGGAGCAAGUCAGGGGCUGGAGGCUGCCUGCUGGCACCGACAGUGCCCCAGCAGACGCAGAGGAGCCUGGGGAGGAGGCUGAGCGGCGGGCACGGGGCUGCAGACCCCAGUACCAGCGGACGGGGGUGAGGGUCCUGGCACACUUCGUGUCCCACCCCCUGGACGGUGGCCGUCACCUCUCCUACCUGCCCGGUCCCCAGUGGCUUCUGGAUGUCACCCACUUGGUGGCCAGCUGGACACGGGUCCAGGACCCACGGGUGGCCUCGCUGGAGGGGGGCACUGUGGUGGUUGGCAGAGAGCCUGGGGUCACCUCUGUGGAGGUCCGCUCCCCACUCUCGGACUCCAUCCUGGGGGAGCAGAUGCUGGUGGUGUCAGAGGAGAAGGUGACAGUGACAGAGCUGCGUGCCCAGGUGGUGGCUGGGCUGUCCCUGGCGCUGCGGGCAGAGCCGGGGCACCCUGGCAUGGUCACAGCCACUGCCGUGGGGACGAUCGCCCUGCGUGCCCCCAAGCAGGAGGCAACGCUGUCGGUCUGGCUGCUCUUCUCCGACCACACGCUGGCCCCGCUGGAGCUCUACGGCUGGCAGGAUGCCACCUUGGCUGUCACCACCUUGGACCCCUCGGUGGCCACCGUUGGGGGCUCCCCCGGGGGCCCCUCUGCUCGGCCCUGGGUAGUGGCGGAGGGGCCGGGGCGCGGGGCUCUGCUGCAGCUCAGCUUGUACCCGCCGGACGCUUGCCGCCGGGGCCGGCACCGGGCAGCCGCGCUGGGCACCGGCACCGCCUGGCUCGAGGUGGGGCUCGGCCAACGUCUCCCCACCGCCGCCAGCCCCCGCCCCCGGGGCGGUCGGCCACGAGCCGGCUCCCCCUUCCCGAGAGCCGAAGGGGCCAUGUCAGGAGAGGCGGUGACGGUAGCCAGCCAGCCCCGGCGAAGGGACCCUGCUGGCGUAGGACCUGCUGCCACCAAGCUCCACGGCUUGGGGUCUUCCUCGGAGGAGGAGGAGGAGGGGGAGGAGGAAGGCUACGGCCACAACAACCGAGCCGGUGGGAUGGAAGAAGAGGAGGAGGAUGAGAUGGUGAAGGCUCCUGAGCGGGUCACCGACCUGGAGAUUGGCAUGUACGUCCUGCUGGGGGUCUUCUGCUUGGCCAUCUUCAUCUUCCUGGUCAAUUGCAUCUUCUUCGUCCUGCGCUACCAGCAGAAGGAGCUGCCCGACGGUGCCAGCGCUGCCCCUUCCGCCCCCCAGCCCCAUAACUGGGUUUGGUUGGGCACCGACCAGGAAGAGCUGAGCCGGCAACUGGACCGGCGGCAGCCGGAGCCCCCGGCCACCAAAGCGGGCACCAAGGCCGGCACCGACAGCGGCCGCUGCUGCUGCGGGGUGCCCCCGGGCACCGCGCCCGGCCCCGAAGCUGAGGGUCCUCCCCCGCUCGAUACCCCGAAGCCUGGAGCUCCUCUGCCUCGUAAAGAAGGCGGUACGGCAGGGGGUGGCCGCAGGAAGAGGGUGGAGUUUGUCACCUUUGCCCCUGCCCGGGCCCCCGAGGAGCCCCCCGAGCCUGUCCCCAACGUCCAGUCCAUCCUGGUGGCCAGCGAGGAUGACAUCCGCUGGGUGUGUGAGGACAUGGGGCUGAGGGACCCCGAGGAGCUCAGGAGCUACAUGGAGAGGAUCCGGGGGAGCUCCUGA